AUAAAACCCGGAGCCACGGAUCCUGCUCAGGACCGGCGAGUGAGCGGCCCGAAGGACUGGGCAUGCUCGGUGGCCGCGCAGGUUUUGGUCACAAGUAGGAAGAAGCCAGUGCACGACACCGGCAAAGAGAAGCGGGACUCUCCGCUGCCGCACCUCGGCUGUGGGGUCCAGCACCGCUGCCUCGGAGCAGGAGUGGGGCAGAAGCCGGCGAGGGCUAGAGGCCACGCCACUGGGCCGACAACCGCUUGGCUUCCCGUUCGGUCCUCUGCCUCUGUCUGCGCGGUGCGCCGGACCCGUGGGUCGGUUUCCCGGGUGGCAAGGACCCCGCAGCGGGGAGCCGGGGCGGACGGGACCCUCCUCUACCGGCGGUGACCCGAGAGCGCCCUCCCGGGGCUGCCACCCCCGCCGCCUUUGGGCAGCUAAGUGUCCCAGUCGCGCCCAACACCCGGAGCUAGCGGCGCCGGCAGCCGUAGGAGGAGGAGGGGGCGGCCAUGGGGCUGCUGUCCCAGGGCUCGCCGCUGAGCUGGGAGGAGACCAAGCGCCACGCCGACCACGUGCGGCGGCACGGGAUCCUCCAGUUCCUGCACAUCUACCACGCCGUCAAGGACCGGCACAAGGACGUGCUCAAGUGGGGCGAUGAGGUGGAAUACAUGUUGGUAUCUUUUGAUCAUGAAAAUAAAAAAGUCCGGUUGGUCCUGUCUGGAGAGGAAGUUCUUGAGACUCUACAAGAAAAGGGGGAACGGACAAACCCAAACCAUCCUACCCUUUGGAGGCCAGAGUAUGGGAGUUACAUGAUUGAAGGGACACCCGGACAGCCCUAUGGAGGAACCAUGUCUGAGUUCAACACAGUCGAAGACAACAUGAGGAAACGCCGGGAGGAGGCAACAUCUUUUUUAGAAAAAGAUCAGGCACUUUGCACAAUAACUUCAUUUCCCAGAUUAGGCUGUCCAGGGUUCACGCUGCCCGAGUUCAAGCCCAACCCGGUUGAAGGAAGCGCUUCCAAGUCUCUCUUCUUCCCUGAUGAGGCAAUAAACAAGCACCCCCGCUUCAGUACCUUAACAAGAAAUAUCCGACACAGGAGGGGAGAGAAGGUUGUCAUCAAUGUACCAAUAUUUAAAGACAAGAAUACACCAUCUCCAUUUAUAGAAACAUUUCCUGAGGAUGAUGAGGCAGCAAAGGCUUCUAAGCCUGAUCACAUUUACAUGGAUGCCAUGGGAUUUGGGAUGGGCAAUUGUUGUCUCCAGGUAACAUUCCAAGCCUGCAGCAUAUCUGAGGCCAGAUACCUGUAUGAUCAGUUGGCUACUAUCUGCCCAAUUGUUAUGGCUUUGAGUGCUGCAUCUCCUUUCUACCGUGGCUAUGUGUCAGACAUUGAUUGUCGCUGGGGAGUGAUUUCUGCAUCUGUUGAUGAUAGAACUCGGGAAGAGCGAGGUCUGGAGCCACUGAAGAACAAUAACUAUAGGAUUAGUAAAUCCCGAUAUGAUUCAAUAGACAGUUAUUUAUCUGAGUGUGGUGAGAAAUAUAAUGACAUCGAGUUAACAAUUGAUAAAGAAAUCUAUCAACAGCUGCUACAGGAAGGUAUUGAUCACCUCCUGGCUCAGCACGUUGCUCACCUCUUUAUUAGAGACCCACUGACUCUGUUUGAAGAAAAAAUACACCUCGAUGAUGCCAAUGAGUCUGAUCAUUUUGAGAAUAUUCAGUCAACAAACUGGCAGACAAUGAGAUUCAAGCCCCCUCCUCCAAACUCAGAUAUUGGGUGGAGAGUAGAAUUUCGACCCAUGGAGGUUCAGUUGACAGAUUUUGAGAAUUCUGCAUAUGUGGUGUUUGUGGUGCUGCUUACUAGAGUGAUUCUUUCAUACAAGUUGGAUUUUCUCAUUCCACUGUCAAAGGUUGAUGAAAACAUGAAGGUAGCACAGAAACGAGAUGCUGUCUUACGGGGAAUGUUUUAUUUCAGGAAGGAUAUUUGCAAAGGUGGCAACGCCAUGGUGGAUGGCUGCGGCCAGGCCCGGAACAGCACGGAGCUGGCAGCAGAGGAGUACACACUGAUGAGCAUAGACACCAUCAUCAACGGGAAGGAAGGGGUGUUUCCUGGACUGAUCCCAAUCCUGAACUCUUACCUGGAAAACAUGGAAGUGGAUGUGGACACCAGAUGUAGUAUUCUGAAAUACCUGAAGCUCAUUAAGAAGAGAGCAUCAGGGGAACUAAUGACUGUUGCCAAAUGGAUGAGGGAGUUUAUCGCAAACCAUCCUGACUAUAAGCAAGACAGUGUGAUAACUGAUGAAAUGAACUAUAGCCUUAUUUCUAAGUGUGACCAAAUUGCAAGGGAAUCAUGUGAAUGCCCAGAGUUACUUGGACCAGCAUUUAGGAAAGUAAAAUACAGCGGAAGUAAAACUGACUCUUCCAACUAGCUGUCCGGGGGAAGGAGAAAUCUGUUGCUGUGUGUAGUAGAACACUGUGGAGCUCCAGCCCAUAUGUCGGUGUGAAGACCAAACAAUAGAACUCUGUUUCUGGGCCAGUCCACCAGACCUGGAUUUAAGCCUGCCUAAAGUAGGUAAAUAUAGAGUUUAUACAGUGUACAUAGUAAAGUAUUUUUAUGAUUAACAAUGUAUUUUAAUAACAUUGUAUCUAAAGUCCUUGUGAACUGGCUUGUACAUUUUUCAAUUCUUACUCUGGAACACCUACUGUCUAAGCAGUUUGUAAAUGUAACGUGCUGGUAAUUGUACUAUUCCUGCAUUCCAGAGUUUAAAAUGUUUACUGUAAAAAAAUUUUGAGACUACCUGGGACCUGAUUCACUGAAAUUUAUCACUUCACUUUAAAAAGUUUGUCUUGUUGAUUUUCUUUGAGUCAUCUCCUUUGUUAUAUACAUAAAAUCACUAUUAAUCCACUGAAGUGCUUCAAGGAUGAUCUUGGAUUUCUGGCACCUUAUCUGAGACAUUUUCUUGCAAUCAGAAUAGCUGCCUAUGUGUGCAGCACCAGGUGAAACCCACCAAACUGAUGGCUGUUAUGAUAGGUACUUUUGUUCUUUGUUUAGAUUUGCUGAUCCAGGCAUAAGUUCAAAGACAACUCUGUAGGAGUAAGGACAAUUACGACGGAGUUCACGAGUAGUGAUUUUUUUUUUUAAUGAAAAAAGGGAGGGAAUUAUUAAAAGAAUUGGAGAAGAAUCAUUUUUCUUCCUGUACAUAUCAAGAAUAUUGUCAAAAAAAACACCACCUCUUCUGUUGUAGUCCCCAUUUAUUCUGACUGCUACUAUUUUCAAAUCAAAUAUAGUUGCUUGGGUUUUUCAUUUUCAGUUUCCAGUAAAUAUAUUCACACUCUUCGAAAAGCCAUUUACUGCUACAUUUGACCUGGGAAUAUUCUACAGCUGCUUAUGAAACCCAAAUAAAUCAUGAUAUAUGCACUAAGUGAAUCAGGACCCUGAAUGUUGAAUUGUAAAUAAUUUAAGUUUCCGUAAUUGUUAGAUCUUUUUGUUGAUGUUAUUUUUCAGUUAAGUCUUAACUAUUUCUGAAAUAACUAUGUAUAGAUUAUGCAAAUCUUUACAGGCAUAUUUAAAUUGUAAUGCUAAUUUCAAGAGAUUUUGACAAAGCUGCUUCAGCUAAGCUUCUUUAUGUAUAAAAACUAGAUUGUGUUAUAUUUCAUACAGUAUUUCAGAGGACUAAAGGAAAUGCCUGUUUUUCAUUUGCAAUAU